AUGCUGCAUGAGGCGUCCACAGAAGGCGAAGGGUUGGAAAGUGCAGCAACAAGAGCAGCAACCUGCAGCAGCACAAAGAAGGCCAAAAUGCCUCCUGAAAAAGGCAGUAGCAAACGAGACACCACUGCCACGGCAGAAGCACCAACGCCUCCCUGCAGCUCGCAGGCGCACAGCAUAGCAGCAACCAGACGAAAAAAAGAGGCAAGCCAGGGAGCAGCAGUUGCAGCUUUCGAGUUGCAAGUCGUGAGCGCUGUUGGCGCAGAAACGUGUGCCGCCGAGGGAGGAGCAGACACUGCGGCGGCUGCAGCGGUGCUCAGCAAACGCAGUGCUCUGCUGAGUGCCGCAUCACUUAGACCUUCAGGAUCGCCAGCAGCAGCAAAAGCGGCAGCUGCUGGCGAACCCUCUUCAGGUUGA